AUGGAGAAGGACGCGAUUGAGCCCAAGGCUCAGCCUUCGGUGUCCGCUGACACACCUCCGCCGCCAACUUAUGGCGAGUCAGAGGUCACUCGAGGAAGCGUUGGUCGGCGGAUAUGGGAUAGUUUCAAGAGGGAUCCCAAUGCUCAUGUUCAUACCUCGUCUGGAGCGAACGGGAAGUCCUUCGAUAUCGAACAUGCGGCGGAACAGACCGCUGCCUCCCCGCUGCAGCGCAGUCUCAAAUCCCGCCAUCUGCAGAUGAUCGCUAUCGGUGGUUCGAUCGGCACGGGUCUCUUCGUCGGUUCCGGAAAAGUGUUGGCCACGGGUGGUCCAGCAUCGGUUCUUAUCGCUUAUGCCUUGAUCGGCUGCAUGCUCUAUUGUACAGUUCAUGCUCUGGGGGAGAUGUCAGUCAUCUUCCCGGUUGCCGGUUCCUUCGCCCACUUCUCGACCCGUUUCAUCGAUCCUGCCUGGGGUUUCGCCAUGGGCUGGAACUAUGCUGUGCAGUGGCUUGUGGUUCUGCCGUUGGAGAUUGUUGCUGCAUCAAUUACAGUCGACUACUGGGAGUCUAGUGUUUCCAACGCAGCAUGGGUCGCUAUCUUCUGGGCAGUAAUCGUUUCCAUUAAUAUGUUCGGUGUUAAGGGUUACGGCGAAGCCGAGUUCGUCUUUUCUCUGAUAAAGGUCAUUGCAGUGAUUGGUUUUAUUAUUCUCGGGAUCAUUCUCAACUGCGGUGGUGGUCCUGAAGGCGGAUAUAUCGGUGGAAAGUAUUGGCACAACCCCGGCGCGUUCCACAACGGCUUCAAGGGUCUUUGCAGCGUGUUCGUCAACGCCGCUUUUGCCUUUUCGGGUACCGAGCUGGUUGGCUUAGCUGCUGCCGAGACAGCGAAUCCUCGGAAGUCCCUCCCGACCGCUGUGAAGCAGGUGUUCUGGCGUAUCACCCUCUUCUAUAUCGUUUCUCUCACUCUGAUCGGCCUCCUCGUGCCAUAUAACAACGACCAGCUGCUGAGCGGCGCUUCCAGCUCCGACGCCAAAGCAUCCCCCUUCGUGAUUGCCAUUAAGAACGCCGGAAUUUCCGUGCUUGAUUCAAUCAUGAACGUCGUGAUCAUGAUAGCGGUUCUGUCCGUUGGUAAUUCGUCUGUCUAUGGCUCCUCGCGAACUCUGGCGGCGCUCGCCGAGCAAGGACAAGCGCCCCGGUUCCUGGCUUACAUUGAUCGCAAGGGUCGUCCUCUCCCGGCCAUUCUGAUUGCCUCGGCCCUUGGCCUGCUUGGUUUCUUAGCGGCCUCGGACAAGCAAGAAAUCGCAUUCGAGUGGAUGAUGGCCAUCUCGGGACUAUCGUCUAUCUUUACCUGGGGCUCAGUCUGCCUUUCUCACAUCCGCUUCCGGCGUGCCUGGAAGGUGCAAGGCCACAGCCUGAAUGAGUUGGCCUUUACCUCCCAGCCCGGCCUGGUCGGAUCUUGGAUCGGAUUCGGGUUCAAUUGUCUCGUGCUUGUGGCUCAGUUCUGGGUCGGCUUUGCUCCCAUUGGAUACAAAGAUAUGACGACGAGCGAGCUGGUCAACAACUUCUUCUCUGUGUAUCUGGCCGCCCCGGUUGUGUUGGUCUGCUACAUCCCAUACAAGCUCUAUUAUAAGACGCCUUUCCUCCGCGCGAAGGACAUGGACCUGCAUACCGGGCGCCGGGAUCUUGAUAUCCAGUAUCUGAUCGAACAAGAGCGAGCUGAACAGGCGGCGUGGCCGGCGUGGAAGAAGCUUUACAAAUUUUUCUGUUAG